UAAAAUUUGAUAUUGAAAAUUUCAUUUACUGCCUUCUAGUUCCAAAAAAAAUGUCUGACGCUGAAAUGAUUGAAAUCAAACCAUUGGAUAAAUGGGACGGUUCGGCCAUCAAAAAUCGUUUGGAUGAUGCUGUUAAAUUUUUUUUCACACAUACAAAUCAAUAUAAAGAAAAUUUCAUUCUUAUCGAUAUUCGUUUGGGCAUCAGUUUGAUGGCUGUUGGUGUGGCCGUAUUUGCACUCAUCUGGGAUUAUAUGAAUCCAUUUCCAACAUCAAGGCCAAUACUGUUGAUUUGUGUUUGUGCCUAUUUUGUAUUCAUGGCAAUAUUGACCAUUUAUACGACCAUGAUUGAAAAAGGAAUAUUUUUGAAAGCCAAACAUGGAAAUAAGUCAAUUACCGUAUCAUCAUAUAUGAAACGUUUUGAUGAUCAAUAUCAAUUGUUGGUUGAAUUGAAAACAAACAAAAAUGGUGGCCAACCAAAUGAAUCAAAACUAGAAGAUACAAUUGGUAAAUGGAUCGAUGAAGAAGGAUAUUUUCUUGAACGAAAAUUCGAAGAUGAUCUAAAGCGUUUAUAUUCACGUAUGUUGAAUAAAAAGAUCAACUAAAAAAAAAUGCAAUGAUUUUUUUUCUGGACCAAAAUUUAUUGUGUGGUGAUUGGCCGCCCCUCAUAUUUAUCAUUAUUCGUUAUCAUUCAAAAUACACCACCAACAGGCUUUAAAGGUCU